AUACACUAGGGAGCAGAGGCACUCUUUCUCUUAGUCCGCCGGCCAGGAGAGGGAAAGGAGUGCUGGAGAGUGUUGUGUCGCUCUAACUCAGUAAACUCAAGUCGAACAUCUGACAGCGCAAGAUGUCUAAAGGACCAGCAGUAGGCAUUGACCUGGGCACCACGUAUUCCUGUGUGGGCAUCUUCCAGCAUGGCAAAGUGGAAAUCAUUGCCAAUGACCAAGGAAACAGGACCACACCCAGCUAUGUGGCCUUCACAGACACUGAGCGACUGAUUGGAGAUGCUGCCAAGAACCAGGUGGCCAUGAACCCAUCCAACACUGUAUUUGAUGCUAAGCGUCUGAUAGGCCGUAAGUUUGACGAUGCUGUGGUGCAGUCAGAUAUGAAGCACUGGCCCUUCAAGGUCGUUAAUGACUCAUCCAAACCCAAGAUGGAAGUUGAAUACAAGGGUGAGAUCAAAACCUUCUACCCAGAGGAGAUUUCCUCCAUGGUCCUCACCAAGAUGAAGGAGAUCUCUGAGGCUUAUCUCGGCAAGCCUGUGACCAAUGCAGUUAUCACAGUACCUGCUUACUUCAAUGACUCCCAGCGUCAAGCCACCAAAGAUGCUGGAACCAUCGCUGGCCUUAAUGUGUUACGCAUCAUCAAUGAGCCCACUGCUGCAGCCAUUGCUUAUGGCCUGGACAAAAAGGUUGGCGGUGAACGUAAUGUCCUUAUCUUUGACCUUGGAGGUGGUACUUUCGAUGUGUCGAUCCUGACUAUUGAGGAUGGCAUCUUCGAGGUCAAGUCCACUGCCGGUGACACUCACUUGGGCGGUGAGGACUUUGACAACCGCAUGGUUACCCACUUCAUCGCUGAGUUCAAGCGCAAGUUCAAAAAGGAAAUCAUCAACAACAAGCGAGCUGUGCGUCGUCUGCGCACAGCGUGCGAGCGUGCCAAGCGCACCCUCUCCAGCAGCACCCAGGCCAGCAUUGAGAUCGAUUCCCUCUACGAAGGAGUCGAUUUCUACACUUCCAUCACCAGGGCCCGCUUUGAAGAACUCAAUGCAGACCUGUUCCGUGGAACCCUCGAGCCUGUGGAGAAGGCCCUGAGGGAUGCCAAGAUGGACAAGGCCCAGAUCCAUGACAUUGUUCUGGUGGGAGGCUCCACACGUAUCCCCAAGAUUCAAAAGCUGCUGCAGGACUUAUUCAAUGGCCGUGACCUCAAUAAGAGCAUCAACCCUGAUGAGGCUGUGGCUUAUGGUGCAGCUGUGCAGGCAGCCAUCUUGGCUGGUGAUAAGUCUGAGAAUGUACAGGACCUGCUCCUGCUGGAUGUCACGCCCCUGUCCCUGGGAAUUGAGACCGCUGGAGGAGUAAUGACUGUCCUUAUCAAAAGGAACACCACCAUCCCGACCAAGCAAACACAGACCUUUACCACCUAUUCAGACAACCAACCUGGUGUGCUUAUUCAGGUUUAUGAAGGUGAGAGAGCCAUGACUAAGGAUAAUAAUAUCCUGGGCAAGUUUGAGCUGACUGGUCUUCCACCUGCUCCCAGAGGUGUCCCUCAGAUUGAGGUGACUUUUGACAUCGAUGCCAAUGGCAUUCUCAAUGUGUCUGCAGUGGACAAAAGUACUGGAAAGGAGAACAAGAUCACCAUCACCAAUGAUAAAGGCCGGUUGAGCAAGGAGGACAUUGAGCAAAUGGUGCAGGAGGCAGAGCAGUUUAAGGCUGAAGACGAGGCCCAGAGAGAGAAGGUCACAGCAAAAAACUCACUUGAGUCUCUGGCCUUCAACAUGAAGAGCACUGUGGAGGACGAGAAGCUCCAAGACAAGAUCAGCCCUGAGGACAAAAAGACCAUCGUAGACAAGUGCAAUGAAGUUAUUGCUUGGCUGGACAAGAACCAGACGGCAGAGAAGGAUGAGUAUGAUCACCAGCAGAAGGAACUAGAGAAGGUGUGCAACCCCAUCAUCACCCAGCUAUAUCAGGGGGGUAUGCCAGGAGGGAUGCCUGGAGGAAUGCCAGGUGGCUUCCCUGGUGGAGGGGGUAUGCCAGGAGGGAUGCCUGGAGGAAUGCCAGGUGGCUUCCCUGGUGGAGCUGGAGGCAGCUCCUCCUCUGGCCCAACUAUCGAGGAGGUCGACUGAACACUAUACUGACAGUUUCUUUAUCUCAGAUCCCAACACAGACUUACUGCCUUAAAGCUGUUUACUAAGCCAGAAUGCACAUUCAAUAAACAUUUGAUCACAGGCUCAUUCUGAUUUACAAUAUUGCUAUAUUUGUUCAAAACUUUAAGAUUUCAAUAUUUAACUUCUAAUCUAAGUAACAAAAUCUGACACUUGCACAUGGUUAAAAUAGUCAGAUGAGACAUAAUCAGAGUCUGUUUGUCGUCUUCAUUAUUUCUCUCUCCAGUGCUGAUUUUCCAUGAAGGUUUGUAAACAUUAAAUCAAUAAAGAUCACAAAUGGGAUUCGGAUUUA